AUGAACACAAAAGAAGAGGCUGAACCUCAUGAGGCGCCGUCGUCGCCUAUGAGGGUCCUGCAGCAGUUAUCUGAGGGGGCAUUCAGAGCUGCUGGGGAAGCAUUGCACAAUAUGUACUCUGGUGGUGGUGGUAGUGGUGGUGUUGGUGGUGAUGGUGGUGGUGGGUCAAGCAUGCCACAAAUGGGGCCUGGUGUACACAGACGUACUCAAAGUGAACUUGUUACUAGAGGAUUUCAACGAAGUAACAGCUAUCAGAAAUUAAAAUCUAAUGUGCAAAGGGCUUGGCGGUGGGGUGGCAAGCCCCGUGGAGAAGACCUGUUGGCGAGUUUCAACCCCGAGAUCAUGGCAAACCAGAAACGUCAGUGGUGUCAGCUUCAUCCUAAAACUCAGGAUUGUGUAAAUUAUAAGGAGCCAACAUCGCUCUUUGAACAUUUUGUGAUUGUGGGGCUGCAUCCAGAUGCUAAUUUGGAAGGCGUGGAGCAUUCAUUUGCAAGAAGGAAGAAGUGGGAAAAAGAGAAAGAAUUUAUAGAUUACAAAAAGCAGCAGCAACAGAGGCCACCAGAACCAAUUUUGGAACCUCAGAUACUGUUCAAAUAUCCUCCUGCUAAGAAGCUAACAAUGCGUAUGAAGGACCUAGCUUCCUUUUGCUUUCCUGAAGGUGUUAAGGCAUGGUUGUUGGAGAGAACGCCAUCGCUAAGUGAACUAAAUGAAAUUGUCUAUGGACAGGAGCAUUUAGGCAGAGAUGAUCUGUCAUUUGUCUUUACAGUCAAGGUAACUUUUUUUAUCGAUCUUGAUCAGGCAGCAGACAAUGCAAUACUUUAUGGAGUUUGCUUACAUGUGCCUGAAAUUGUUCAGAGGCCCCCUGGUAUCUUAGGCAUAUCAUCUCCUUUUUCUCAUCGCUCUGGAGUAUGCAGCCCUUUUCUGGUUACAGCACCUCGCUGUUACUGUCUUCUGACUAGAGUUCCUUUCUUUGAGUUACACUUUGAGAUGUUAAACAGUCUCAUUGCACAGGAGCGUCUGAAUCGGAUAACUCAGUUUGUAAAUGAUAUGAAUCUCAAUUGUUGCAUUCCAUCAACAACCAAACUAGAUGAUCAAAUGAGUUCAAAUGCUAACUCUCCAGAGAGGGAGUCAUUUAGUGACUGGAUGGCUUGCGCAAUACCUCUUCAUGGUGUAACUGUGAUUACUGCUUCUGGGACUACUUCUGAUGAUGAAAUUCCACAGUUAUCACCCAAAAUAGGGGAUUCUCACUCUCAAUCUCCAGAAAGUUUGACUGCCAGUGAUGCUUCAGAUUAUUGUCAGGUUAGGGAUACAGAUAAGGAUGGUGGGAAGAAUCUGCAAGAUCAUGAUAAUUGUGCUUUUGAGGCACCAGAAACUCAUGAUUCUGUUGAAAGAGUGCAUGGAAAUUGUGAAAAUGACAAAAUUUCUCUGAAAGUCGAAACACCCUUUUCUGCUCGUUGUCGUGUCUUCGAGAGUCUUGAAAGUUCUGAAUCACUUUUCAGUCCAGUUAGAAGCAUAGUAUCAGAAGAUGAGGAUGAUCUUUUCUCAAAUAAUGAAAGAGAUUAUGGGGAUGAAUUGUUAAUGGAAUGGGCUAUGGAGAAUAAGAAUGAUUUGCUACAGAUAGUGUGUAGAUAUCAUGCUCAACCUAUUCCACCUCGAGGAAGUGAAUUUGUCUUCCGCCCUCUUGAACAUCUACAAGCUAUUCAGUAUAUACGACACUCAGUUGCUGCUCUUGGCUUCAGCGAAGAUUGCUUAAGUUGUUCUGAACCAGCUCAGGUCACUGCAAAGUUGGCAGAUGCUGAGGAAGCUCUUGCAUUAUCAGUAUGGACACUGGCAACUACUUGUCGAGUUCUGUCCCUUGAAAGUGUGCUGACAUUAGUAACAGGAGUGUUGUUAGAAAAACAGGUGGUGGUAUUAUGCCCAAAUCUGGGCGUGCUAUCUGCCACAGUGCUUUCUCUCAUUCCCAUGAUUCGUCCAUUUCAAUGGCAGAGUUUACUGCUCCCGGUUUUACCUGGGACCAUGAGUGAUUUUCUUGAUGCACCAGUUCCAUAUAUUGUUGGCAUACAGCAAGCACCAGAUGAUUUGAACAGGAAAACUACUAAUCUUGUUCUUGUUAAUAUAUUGACGAAUCAGGUUAAAAUGUGUCAAUUACCCAGACUUCCACAGCAAAAAGAGCUUGUGUCUCAGUUGAGUCCAAUUCAUGCCAGACUUUCAAGAGAAAGCUCAAUUGCUAGAAAGCAUCCUAUACAUAGGUGCAACGAAGUCCAGGCUGAAGCUGCAACUCAGUUUUUGAAUAUCAUGUGGCAUUAUUUGGAGUCACUUUGUGCAAAUUUGAAAUCCCACACGAUAACUAGUGUACAAUCAAAUAACGACAGGGUCUCUUUACUUUUUAAAGACAGUUUCAUUGAUUCCUUUCCUUCUAGGGACCAGGCAUUCGUUAAGCUAUUUGUAGAUACACAGCUCUUCACUGCUUUAUCAGACUCUCGUCUUUCAAGCUUUGAGAGUGGCGAGUCAUAG